UCCAACACACCACCAUGAGCGAAGUUGUCAUCUCGGGAAUCGGGAGCGCCUUCUCGGGGAGCGGCAAUCUCCAGGACUUCGGGCGGGACCUCCUCGACAACAAGCACCUCGUGCAGAGGACGAAGCGCUGGAGAGAUAACGUCUUUACGCCUGUAUGCGGCCAAACCCCUUACGAGUACUUCGACGAGCUCUUCUUCGGGAUCAGCCGCAGGCUGGCCGUGGUGAUGGACCCAUCGUCCAAGAUCGGCUACAUGCGCGGCUUCGAGGCCAUCCUAGACGCCGGUCUCCACCCAGCGGCCCUGAGCGGCUCCAACACGGGCGUGUUCGCGUCCUCCGGCAUCAAUGAGUUCGAACAGACUUUCUUUCACACGGGCGAUAUGGAGAAGCUUAAAGACGGCUACAUCAUCAUGGGCAUGUCACGGCCCAUGCUACCCAAUCGCCUCACGUACUACUUCAACUUCAACGGGCCUAGCUACGCCGUCGACGGCUCCUGGGUAGGCGGACUCCUGGGGCUACAGCAAGCCGCCGACGCCAUCCGGGAGGGGCGGUGCGACGCCGCACUCGUCGUAGCCGGGAGCAUCAGCCGCUACGGCGAGACCUCGCUGCUGCUCAACAAGCUGGGGCUCGUGACCGACGAGGGGGUCACCAGGAGCUUCGACGCGAAAGGAACAGGGGCGGUGCGCAGUGACGGGGCCGUCGCCUUGUUCCUGCAGCGCGCCGACCAGGCCAAGCGGUGCUACGCCAGGGUGCUGGCCACCGAGGUCGAGUUCAUAGGGCCGAGAUGCGACCUGAACCUCACACUGCCCAGCCCAAAGGGCACCCGAAAUUUCCUACGGCGGAUUUACGAGAAGCACGCCAUCGACCCCAAGACGAUCGCCUACCUGGAAGCCGACGGCAACGGCAACCGUAUCCGGGACGCGUGCGAGCUCAACGCCAUCGACCAGGCGCUGGUCCAGGAGGCGGCGCGAGAAAGCCCCCUGCAGAUAGGCUCCGUCAAGAGCAACAUCGGCCACGUCGACUGCGUCAACGGCCUGGCUGCGAUCUGCAAGAUGGUGGUCGCCAUGGAGACGGGCGUCAUCCCGGCCACAAUCAACUUCCAGGAGCCCAACAGCGAGGCCACGGGUUUGGUAGCGGGCAGGCUCCAGGUCGUUGAAAAGAACACACCGUUGCACCUGUCCGAGGACAGCGUCCUGGCCGUCCACACCAUGGCACUCUCCUCCAUGGUGGGCCACGCUGUGCUAGGGGGCAACCCCCGCGGCCCCGGCCGCGUCCAGGACCCCGCCGACCACCUGCCGCGCCUCAUCACCUUCUCGGCCAGAAACGAGGAGGCAGCCGCAAGAGUCGUCAACAAGAUACAAUCCGCUCCAUUUCACACAAACUACUACCGCUUGCUGCAAGACGUGUUCAGCGACGACAUCAGAGGGUACACCUACCGGGGCUACGUCAUCUGCCCCUCCGUCGGGAAUGACACCCUUGUCGCGCCGCUCGAGAAGAGGCCAGUUUGGUUCGUGUAUUCGGGCAUGGGCAGUCAGUGGGCGGGCAUGGGAACGGCGCUCAUGAAGAUCCCCGUGUUCGCCGAGACCAUCGACCGCCUCCACGCCGUGCUGGAGCCACGCGGGAUGGACCUGAAGGCCAUCCUGACUGAAACGGGGCCGACAGCGUUCGACAACAUCCUCAAGUCAUUCGUGGGCAUCACCGCCUGCCAGGUCGCGCUCACCAACGUGCUCACGGCCGUGGGUGUCGUCCCGGAAGGCAUGGUGGGCCACUCCGCAGGCGAGCUGGGCUGCGCCUACGCCGACGGCUGCUUCACGGAGGAGCAGGCGAUCCUGGCCGCGUUUGCACGUGGCAAGGCCUCCAACGCGGUCCCGCUCAUCAAGGGCAAGAUGGCCGCGAUCGGACUCGGCUACCAGGAUGUGCUCCCCCGCCUGCCCCCCACCAUCGACAACGUCCAUGAACACACGUUUAGACAUGAUACUGUUAUCAAUGGACACAAAUACCAUGAUAGAACUAAUCAAUGGCCAACUGUAUUAGUAAUGGACAUGGGAUCGUCACCCCUUCUCCUACCCUAG